CUGAACUCAGUUUUUGCCUUGGGUGUGUCUCUGGAUAGUCUGAAUCAAAGGAGUAGCUUUACAGGUGCUUGGGCUGGUACUGAAGCUUCAUCUGUGAAAUGUAAGUUGCAGGGUAGCAUUCAUCUACCUGCAUUCUCAAUGGAUGGGGACUUCAUUAUUGGGGGUGCUUUCUCUCUUCACUCCUACACGCAAACAGUGAGCCAUGAUUAUACCAUCAUGCCUGAGCCAGUAAGAUGCAAAGGGAGCAUAAAUGCCGAUGAGCUGCAGUUGUCACAUGCAAUGGUCUUUGCCAUAGAAGAGAUUAACAACAAUACAGAGCUGCUGCCCGGAAUCAGGCUUGGGUAUCAGAUCUAUGACUCAUGUGCAUCAGUUUCCAUGACAGUGCAUUUGGCAUUUCAGUUUUUGAAUAGCUUGGACCUUGUGUUUCACACUGGCAAAAACUGCUCCCAGUCAGGUAUGGUGAUGGCUGUUGUUGGUGAGUCUGGGUCUACGCCAUCCAUCAGCAUGUCACGAAUCAUCAGUCCCUUUAACAUUCCUCAAGUGAGCCCCUCUGCAACAUGUACGUGCUUGUCUAACAAGCAGCAGUACCCAAGGUUUUUCAGAACAAUUCCCAGUGACCAGUUUCAAGCUGCUGCUCUAGCCAAGUUGAUAAAACACUUUGACUGGACUUGGAUAGGUGCUGUUCGGUCAGAUUCGGAUUAUGGAAAUAACGGCAUAGCAUCUUUUCUAGAAGCAGCACAGAGAGAGGGGAUCUGUGUGGAAUACUCUUUGUCCUUCUAUCGCACCCACCCACAUAGCAGGAUUCAGAAAGUAGCAGAUGUUAUCCGCAGGUCAAAGGCUGUAGUUGUUGUGGCAUUUGCAUCUUCAGGAGACAUGAAGAUCCUGUUUGAGGAGUUAUCACGUGAGCCUUUCCCACCUCGGCAAUGGAUAGGCAGUGAGUCAUGGGUGACCAACCCGGGUUUAAGGAAGUACAGUUUUCUCGCUGGGACCAUUGGAUUUGGAAUUCAGAAAUCUGUAAUCCCAGGUUUCAGAAACUUCCUGUUGAAUCUCUCUUUUGCUCAAGUGGCUGUAUCACCAUUGCUUACUGAGUUCUGGGAGGAUUCCUUCAACUGCACAAUAAAAGAAAGUAAUUCUGCAGGAAAGAAAGUAUGUAAUGGAACUGAAGAUAUAAAGACUCUCCAAACCCCGUACACUGAUACAUCUCAGCUUAGAAUUAGUAACAUGGUGUACAAGGCUGUGUAUGCAAUUGCACAUGCCAUUCAUAAUGCAUUAUGUCAGGGAAGAAAUGUCACAGCUCAGUGUGACAAACUAACCAAAUUACAGUCCAAGCAGAUUCUAACUGAGCUGAAGAACGUAAAUUUUUCCCGAAAUGGAUAUGAUGUGUCAUUCGAUGCUAAUGGGGAUCCUGUGGCUAUUUAUGAGUUGGUUAACUGGCAGAAAACUAUGGCUGGCAUAACUGACAUAGUGACUGUAGGGCUGUAUGAUGCAUCACUGCCAGAGGGCCAGGAGUUCCAGAUUAACAAAAACAUCAUCUGGAUGGAGGGCAGCACGAAAGUGCCAGUGUCAGUGUGCAGUGGGAGUUGUCCUCCAGGAACUCGUAAAGUGCUGCAAAAAGGAAAACCCAUUUGCUGCUAUGACUGUACCGCAUGUCCUGAGGGAGAGAUUAGUAAUACUACAGUUUCCAUGACAGUGCAUUUGGCAUUUCAGUUUUUGAAUAGCUUGGACCUUGUGUUUCACACUGGCAAAAACUGCUCCCAGUCAGGUAUGGUGAUGGCUGUUGUUGGUGAGUCUGGGUCUACGCCAUCCAUCAGCAUGUCACGAAUCAUCAGUCCCUUUAACAUUCCUCAAGUGAGCCCCUCUGCCACAUGUGCAUGCUUGUCUGACAAGCAGCAGUACCCAAGGUUUUUCAGAACAAUCCCCAGUGACCAGUUUCAAGCUGGUGCGCUAGCUAAGCUGAUUCUAACUGAGCUGAAGAACGUAAAUUUUUCCCGAAAUGGAUAUGAUGUGUCAUUCGAUGCUAAUGGGGAUCCUGUGGCUAUUUAUGAGUUGGUUAACUGGCAGAAAACUAUGGCUGGCAUAACUGACAUAGUGACUGUAGGGCUGUAUGAUGCAUCACUGCCAGAGGGCCAGGAGUUCCAGAUUAACAAAAACAUCAUCUGGAUGGAGGGCAGCACGAAAGUGCCAGUGUCAGUGUGCAGUGGGAGUUGUCCUCCAGGAACUCGUAAAGUGCUGCAAAAAGGAAAACCCAUUUGCUGCUAUGACUGUACCGCAUGUCCUGAGGGAGAGAUUAGUAAUACUACAGAUGGUGGUUACCAGAGAGGACGUCAUCAAGGAGCCAUCAAGCGCAAGGAGUCCUAUUGGGCUUGGUUAGCCUGUGGGAGUUUAGGGGUAGCUGUGGAGUGUGGCUCGGGCAGUCGUUGA